AUGAAAUUGACCCUCGCUUCGUCGCUCGCCCUUUUGGCGGCCGUCAAUGCCCUUCCCACGCUGCCAAUUGACAAACUCCAAGCACUCAUGGACGACUCCUUGGUCAUCAACCCAGAUAAGGUUGGUACCUCUGGCUGGAACUGGCCCCCUUGGUUCAAGCCAAUUGUGGACUCCGAGAAGUUGCAGAGUCUGAUCACCGCCGAUGCAUUGAAGGCUAGAGCGGAGAUCUUGUACAACAUCUCUCAGAGCUCCGUCAAAGAGUACGGACAUCCCACCAGAGUCAUCGGCUCCAAGGGACACUGGGGAACCAUUGACUACAUUUUGGGCGAGAUGAGACUGAUGUCCAACUACUACACUGUCGAUGUGCAGAAGUUCAAGGCCCUCGAUGGUGCCGUCAAGUCGUUUUCCCUUUUGAUCGAUGGUGUUAAGCCCAAGCUGUUGCUGGCCUUGUCAUUGACCCCACCAACCCCACACGGUAAGCCAGUGCACGGAAACUUGGUCUUGGCUGACAACUUUGGCUGUCAAUUGAGCGACUUCCCUGCUAACUUGACCGCAGGCAACAUUGUCUUGGUUGCAAGAGGCGAGUGUCCAUUUGGCGACAAGCUGAAGAAUGCCGGUAAGUCCGGCGCAGCUGGUGUCAUCAUCUACGACGACGACGCUCCAUUGCAUGGAACUUUGGGUCCUCCUACUGGUGAUGAGGUACCCACCGUCAGCAUCAGCACCAAAGACGCUAAGGAGUACAUUGAUGCUCUCAAAAAGAAGCCAACCAAGGAGUUCGAGACUACUUUGUACGUGGACUCGUAUGUUAAACAAAUCACGACUUUGAACGUCAUCGCAGAGACUCGUGGUGGAGACCACAACAACGUUGUCUCUUUGGGUGCUCACUCUGACUCCGUGGCCGAGGGACCCGGCAUCAAUGACGAUGGCUCCGGUACCGUUUCCUUGCUCGAGGUUGCUAAGCAAUUGACUGGUUACAAGGUGAAGAACGCUGUUCGUUUCGCAUGGUGGGCUGCUGAAGAGGAGGGACUUUUGGGUUCUUACGCUUACGCAAACUCUCUCAGCCCAGAGGAGAACGCCAAAGUGCGUCUCUUUAUGGACUACGACAUGAUGGCUUCUCCUAACUACGAAUACCAAGUUUAUGACGCAAACAACAAGGACCAUCCAAACGGUUCUGGUGACUUGAAGGACCUUUACGUCAACUGGUACAAGGACCACGGAUUGAACUAUACCAUGGUCCCAUUCGAUGGUAGAUCUGACUAUGUUGGAUUCAUCGAUGUGGGCAUUCCUGCUGGUGGAAUUGCCACCGGUGCUGAGGGAGUCAAGACAAAGAAGGGACAAGAGAAAUUCGGCGGUGAGGCCGGUAAGUGGUUCGACCCAUGUUACCACCAGCUUUGUGACGAUUUGUCCAACCCAGACUAUGGCGCUUGGGUUAUCAACACUCAAUUGAUUGCUCACUCUGUUGCUACAUACGGUAAGAGUCUUGAUGACUUCCCUGUAAGAGAGCUGACCACCAAAGCUGCUGCCAUUGGUAACAAGUUCAGCGAUAGCCUUAAGUUCCGUGCAAGCUUGGCAAUCCUCUAA